GUGAAAAUAAAAUUCGAUAUAGGUCCGAGAACACCAUUAAACAUACUGUUACACUGCAUAUCGAUAUACAAACACAUUACAAUUGUAGUUGUGAUAUUCUGUGUAAAUUACAUUUUGACUGACAGAUUGAUUUUGAUGACACGGCGCAACAAUUCCAUCUAGGCGACAUAAUUUUCAUUAGCUAAACCGGCUUACCACAAUCGUGCCAAAAUUCAUCCUGGACUAGUAUGCAGCAGCAGACGUGCAGUGCGUGGUGGUGGUAGCUAUCAUUUUUUCACUUGAUUUCAUAAUCAUAACUCUUUGCAUUUGCGGUCAGAGGUAGCAAUGGUCUCUUUUGAAGAGGGAUGAAGCCUUCAUCGGUGUUAUUCAGCGUAUCGUGGUGGGACAAAGCAAUUGUGUUGGAGAAUAAGACAACGUGCGUUCGGGCGUCCAAAACUGGUAGAGACGAGAGCACCCGGUAUUGCAGUUUGCCGGACGUGAAAUUUUGGGUGGAGUGCAUCCGUCCCAAUCUCACAGAUUCCCUCCUGCCGCAGCUCUCCCCAAAUUACGUCACCACAUCUUUAACAUGGUCCACCUCGGCACUCACUGUCAGGCCUCUGUCUGACAAGUGCCCCGGUACCAAGUCUGUCCAGGGCACCAAAGCAGUUCAGUCUGAACGAAAGACACAGGAAGAUACUCCAGUCAGUAUGGACACCUUGGAGCCUGUCAAAUCUCCAGUAACUGUGAAAGAAGAGUCUACCGCUGAUCUUCACAGCAGGAGUCAGAGUCAGAGCCAGAGCCGCAGUAGAAGCCCCAGUCUGAGCAGAAGCCCAAAUCCAAGUCGAGACAUUGGUGAUACAACUAAUCAGAGCUGCAGUCGCCAGACUCCCCAAAGUGAAUUGCACCAAGGAAGCAGUGAGAUGAGAGGUGGAGAUGGCGGAGGAAACGGUGAGCCAAAGAGAGGAAGAGAUGACCGAGAGAGCACUGAGGAGAGGACAAUAGGAGAUGGCGGAGGGAGCAGUGAUGCAUGGAGGGGUAGAGAUGGCAGAGAGAGCGGUGGGGAGAGCAGAGGAGGAAAUGACCGGAGGUGCAGGUGGAAUAGAGACCAUAGAAAGGAGAAGCACGAAGGGCAAAGCAGCGGGAGCAGCAGUGUCAGCAGCAGCAGGAAACGCCAUAGCAACGAAAGUGUGACCAGUGUCACAGCAGAGAUGGCCAGUAAGAGAGCCAAGACCGUAAGCAGUCCCACAGCGAAGAUGUCCACCAGGAGAGAUGGGACCAGCCUGUCAAGUCCCACGGCGAAGUUAUCCACUGAGAGAGCUAAGACCAGUCUGUCUGGCCAAAGGUCACCUGUCCCAGAGGUGACCAAUGACGAUGAGGAUCUGGCCAGGAAAGAAAUGGAGCUGCGAGAAUUAACUGCGUCACUUAAUAGGUUAAAAGCCAUGCUGGCCAUGUGUACCCCACCAACCUCCCCUGGCACUAACGAUAUAAAUGACACAGAUGUUACCCCUCAACCUUUACUUGGUAAGAUGGAGAACGCUGUUGAGCUCUCACCCAGUGAAACCCUUGUUCUGGUGAAUAAAAACGGCUCUAGUUCCCUGUCCAGAGUAGAUGACAAAGAUGUAGGUACUCAGAAGGUUAAUGCUGAUGAUUUGGAUGGUGACCGCUUGGACACAGGUAUCUGUCUGGAUCAGCAGCGGCACAGGGAGGCUGAGGUGACUGAGGACAGUGCCUGCCUGCUCGGACAAGAGCCUGAUGACACUCAGCAGGCAGACAGUGAGCAGAACACAUGGUCAGGGCAAGAGCAGUCAGCAGCCCAAACACACAGACAAUUGAACAAGGACGAGCAAUUUUGUCAAGAUAAAACUCUUUUCCAGUCCAGAACUGCAGCCCUAUCUGAAGAAAGCCACAGGGGUCAAGAGCUGUAUGACCCCUUUCAUGUUGAUGAGGAAGAUGAGAACAAGUUGAUGGAGGAAACCACAAAAAGACAGCUGGCUUUCGACACCUCUAAUAUCAGCAUUUACAGAUCCCCUGCAGCUGAGACUAAAGAAGAUGAAGAACAGCUGAUGAUGAAAGCAAGGGAGCUGGAGAGACUCAAUGCAUUGAUUGCUGAAGGAAAGGCUAUGCUAGCCAUGGAGACACAGGGUAAACCCCCUGAUUGUGAGUGCCCAACUCAAGCUGAUAAGACCCCAGAGAUUUCAACCAAAUGCCAACCUCAGGCCUUCCUCCCUGCCCCCCAACAAAGACCUUCCACUCUAGACAAUCACAGAACUAUAGUUCUUUCUGAAAAACAUAGUGGGGCUGACUUGUAUGAUCCCUUUGAGGUUGAUGAGGUAAAUGAGAACGCAAUAAUGGAAGGAAGCAUCAAGGGGCUAACUCAUGAAUCACAGCAGCAGGAGGAAAAAGAUGAGGGGGUUGGGAUUGGUAUGGUGUCUCCCAUGGAGAGUCAACUCCUCAGCAGGGCCAAGGGGGUUGGGAUUGGUGGCAUGGGUAUAGUCUCUCACAGGGAGGACCGGUCCUUCAGCCAGUCUGAGGUAGGGGAUGAGGAGACUUAUCUGUAUGGAGAAAAGCAUGGUGACUGCCAUCCUGCCUGUAGCAAGUACCUCAAGAGUUCAGACCAAUGUGAGAAAACGGAACAAACACAUAACCCGGAGAAGAGUGAUGUACCUAAACUAACCUUUGGUGAACUUGAGACCAUCUUCCUAUCCAUGGGGUUUAGCUUUCCACAGAGUUCUACAGUUAACCAACUGGGAAGUAAGGCAGAUGAGGCAAUAAAGCCUCAUGGCACAACACCAUCAUUAUUUUCAUCUCAUAAGGAGCAUAAGGAGCACAACAGGUCAAAGGAUCACGAAAUGUCAAUGGACAAGCAUCACUGGGCAAAUGAGGCCAUUCCCAAAGCUGUCAGUCUUCAGCAUCCACAAGGACCUGUUACCAAUAGUGUGGAAACAGUAUGGAUUUGUGGCGAUGGACUUGUGGAUCUGGCAUCCCGCUUGGCAAAUUCACCAACAUAUGGCAUGAAACUGGGACAGAGUAUUGCCGGCGUCCGUUUGUACUGGAAGGGUGAGUUGUCCAUGAAAUGGGCACGGCUUGUACCCCGAUUGCUCCAGCUUGCUCGUGAUUGGCCAAUUCCAGACAUGCUCAUCAUCCACCUGGGAGACGAUGACAUCAUCUUGAGGGACACACAGGAGCUUCUAUGCGCCAUGGAGAGAGACCUGAGCUUCAUACACAACCUCUUCCCCCACUGCCUCAUUGUCUGGUCAGACCUGCUGCCCAACAAAAUUUCCAAACAAGGUUCUUCAGCUCUGGUGGUCCAGGACGGGAUUCAUGACCUGGUCAAUCGCAGAAUGCAUGCUCUGAUUGCAGCACUGGGUGGAAUGGCACUGACCCAUGAACUCCUCAUCCCCGAGCUUUACCGCCAUCAUGGGACCCGAUUCUCACGGCUCGUUGUGGAAAAGCUUUUCUUGAACAUCAAGCAGUUUGUGGGUCGUUGGAGCUUGGAAGUGCACCGCGCUUCAGAGAUGUGUUCCCCAGAGUGCCACCCUCCACGCUGUGCUUCUUCAUUCACCUGUUCCAUCCCUGAUGACUCCAUUCAUCCUAAAUCUACCAACAGUCACUCCAAGUGCAAGGAAAGACCUCCCUCACAUCUCCCCUCAUUGCCAAAGAAGCAACAGGUCACUGAGGGACAGGUAAAGCCCAAGGAGGUCAGACUGUCUACGGAGACAGCGAAGAGGUCUACAGGGGUGAUGGAGGCAAAGCAGUGUAUGGAGCAGAGGACUCGACCCUCUGAGGUGGUGAAGCCCUGCCCUGUACCUGACGAGUCGUCUGCUUCCACUCAUCUUAAAUCUCCCAACAGUCACACCAAGCCUAAAGAAAAAUCUUGUUCCAUCUUGGUGCUUAAGAAGCAGCAGCAGGUCACUGAGGCCAAGGUCAUGAAACAGGACACGGAGGAAGUAAAGUGUACUACAGACAACGCCAAACAGCCUACAGAGGACACAAUGGUGGCCAGCCAGUCCACAGAGAUGCUUAAUCAACCAAUGGGGUCAAAGCGGUCCACAGACGUAGUGAAUCAGCCAAUGGUGGCAAGCCGGUCCACACAGGUGGUGAAUCGGCCAAUGGGGGCAAAGCGAUCUGCAGAGGUGAUGUGCUCUUCAGAAGAGGCAAAGCGUUCUAGAUUCACCUCCACUAUUCCUGAUGACUCAUCUGCUGCCUCUUGUCCUAAAGCUACCAACGGUCCACCCAACCCCAAAGGAAAACCUUCUUCUACUGCAUUGCCUACAGAGCAGCAACAGGUCGGAGAGGAAAUGCUCCAUAUGGCGAAGCAGUCUAGGAAGGAGGCAAAGUGCUCUACCGAGGACAGGAAAUGGCCUACAGAGAAGGCAAAACGGUCUAGGAAGAAGAGAAAACGUUUCACAGAGGUGGCAAGGCCGUCUACAGAGGAACCGAAGCAGUCUAUGGAGGACGCAAAAUGGUCCAGAGAGGAGGCAAAACAGCCUACGGAGGCGAGAAAGGCUGCUUCGGCAGGGGCGGGGGCAGUACUGGCAGAAAAGCGGGCGGCUCUGGAGGCACAGAAAGCAGCUUUGGAGGCCAAGCUGGCUAAAUUGGCAGUGAGCCCAACGCUGCUUCACACUGAGCACACCACAGAUCAACAAAUUAAAAGAAAAGUAAAACUGACGACUAAAGCUAAAGCCAAGAAGGUUUGGAUUAUUGGGGACUCCCAGGUGUUGAAGUCAGUCCAAAAGCAUAUUGUUAUGCGCCAGAAUGAAAAGGGCCAUACUUGGAGGCCAUACUGGAUACCGUUAGUAGAUGUGAGCUUGGCCAAGGUUGUACAUCAGGUGCUUAAGGUCCAGUCAGAAAACUGGCCUAACCCGGACAUGCUGAUCAUCCAUCUUGGAUCAUCCUGUGACAUCCCACAUAGGAACCUGGAGCAGAUGGUGCUGAGUAUCCAGGAGCACCUGCUCAUGAUCCGACGGAUCUUCCCCCAAUGCGCACUGGUGUGGUCGGACAUCCUUUCAAGGACACACAGGAAAACACAAGGACAUGAGGAUGCCCACAGCACUGACCUGGCCAGUAACCGACACGAGGUCAACAUGAGACUGUGCAGCAUAGUCAAGCAACUUGGAGGAGCAGUGAUCGCACAUGGAAACAUUCAGCCAGAGCACUUUGUCUCAGAAGGCAGUCUGCUCUCUGACAAGGGUGAGCAGUUGUUUAAGCAGAACAUCUUAGGCUUUGUGGAUCCAUGGAAGUGGGACCACAACUCCAUCCCAAUUCUUUCAGAACAUCUUCCUGAAUCCACGAGACCUGCAGACCACAAGGAAGCACUGGCACAUUUAACCGAUAGAACCGAUCAACCCAUCACAGGCUAUGGUACCCAGAAGGCUGCUCAAGUGGUGUGGAUUUGUGGGAAACAUUUCUGUGGACUUGCCAGAGAUUCGGCUGAACAGCUAGGUAUUCCACUGCGAAGCGGCACUGGCUCGCUGGAGGUGGUUUGGAAAGCAAUCUGGGGUAAAACGACAUUUUCCUUUAAGAACCUGGUGAGUUUAGAGGACAAGGUCAUUCGCCAACCAAACAUGGUCAUCUUCUACCUUGAUGAUGUUGAGGUCGGAGGAGACUGGAAAUCAGUAUUGACCGACAUCAAGAGGGAAAUGGAGUUACUGCACACUGUCUUCCCAGCGUGCCUCAUUGUGUGGUCUGAUAUCUUCAAAGGAAUUGCUCUGAAUGUCACAGGUCCUGGUCUGGACCUCAUCAAUACCAUAAUGCACAUUGUAGUUACUGAACUGGGUGGAAGAGUUGUUACCCACGACAACAUUAAGCCAGAGCUUUUUCAAAUCCAGAACAGUACGUUUAUUUCAAAAAGAGUGACGCAACAGGCCAACCGCAACAUCCAGGAGUUUGUGUUGAAGUGGGAGACAGAGGUCCGUGGCUUAGCACAGAACACAAAGCCCUCACCACAAUGAACUCUCCCAAAUCCUCCCCAUUACAUUCAGCCUCCAAUACGCCGUCCACUAUUUCAUAGCUCAACAUUCUCAACUGCACUCCGCCCCAAACCCACCCCUCUAUGCUAUGUUCAUAUCAAAGAGUUCUGAAGUAAACAGAAUCAAGAAGGUUGUUUUUUCCGUUUAAACCGUUUCUUUUUUAUUGUUUAUUGUUUUUUUGUUUUUUGACCAUCUGUCACACCUGACCGAACAUGAGUUCAAACCAUACAUGUCAAUAGAUCACUGUAUGCAGAUCACUUGACACCGCUUCCAAAAAUGUUUAAAGAAAUAUUUAAAUAUUAAAUAUUUAAUUAUGGUAAAUGUCAUGUAACCGGUAAGGAUGUGAUGUGACUUAUUUUUACAUUUGCUGCAAUAAAUGGAUACCGGUAUGUUG